AUGGUUUUUCUGAUCAGCAAUGUGGAAGGUGACAUGAAAUAUAUAAAUUUAUAUCAAGCUGUCAUAAGAUGUGAGAAAACUUAUAUAAACUGUUCUUAAAUUCUCCUUUUCCUAUGAUUCAGUGUUUUUAGUCAACACUCUUAAAUCUGUUGGUCAAUUUCUAACACCAUGGCCAUUAUCAUUAUUAUUAAUAUUAUACAACCUGUUAAAAUUAGUAAUAGUAAAUUUAAAAAUUUAUUUUAACGAUAAAGAUUAUUGUUAUUGUAUGAUCCAUUACAGUAUAGUUUUUACUAAAACAAUAUUAUCAUACAGACUGUAUGAUAAUAAUACUAAUAUUAAUAAUAAUUAUUAUUAUUAUUGUUAUUGUUAUUAUUAUUAUUUUUAUCAUUAUCAUUAUAAUUACUUCUCUCCUAACUUUUGAAAGACAGCUGUCACUAAAAAUGGAGCUAGCUCAUCUGUUCCAGUCUGAAAUAAUGUUUCUCUGCUCUGUUCAACAGGAGUGUUCAUUGGUGCAGGAGUGGGCCAGGAAAACUAUGGUCAUACAGAGUUAAGAGGGCCCUCUUUGGGUUUGGGAAUGGACGUGGGCCCCGGGUCUCUCAAAUAUGCGGCCAAAGCAGAGAUUGUGAGUGUUUCAGCGCAUAAAGGUCCUGUCAAGGCUACGCUCAGUCUGGCUGCAGAUUCUGCUGUUGGUAUCGGUCCGACUCAGCAGGAGGCAAAGGUGCUGGGAACCGGCUCUGUGCCUUCUGAUGAAGUUGUUUUUUCCUUCCUUCCAUUCUUUCAGUUUAAUUUUGACUCAGAACUGAGAGGCCCCAUCUACUGAAAUCCCAAAUUGUGAGCGCAAACUAAAAAGAUGCAUGUGCUAUUAGUGGCUGUGUUGCGGGUAAAUGACUUCAUUGUGUGCGCAAUUGAUAACAGGUGCAAAAGUGCUGCAGACCGUCCUCUUUAAAUGUGGAUUUUGCUGGCGGAGGCGGGAUUUAUGACCUAUACUGCAGCCCGUCACCAGAGGGUGCUGUUCUCAGAGUGGCUUCACCCAGCGAGGAGACAGACGGCGUCCAUUCUAUACACAGUCUAUGGUUAAAACAAGUGCCUGCACAAUACAUUAUGGGCUCUACUACAUGUUUUUUUUUUUUAGUACAUUUCAGGUCAAUGUUACAUACCGGGCUCUAACAAGCCCAAACUGAUCAGAAUUUCAACAGAUCGCAGGUUAACCAAACAAAAAUCAAUGCGAAGUGCUCAGCUGCUCCUGGGCUCAAUCUCAGUUGAAGAGUACAGUAGCGGACCCUGAAGGUUGUCUCAUGCUGCAUCUGUAAAAAUGGAGCAAAGCCUGUGAGCUAGACGCUGAACACAAGAAAUGAUCUGUUACUGCUGAAACAAAAAAAAAAACAGUUCGAAGUAUAUGAAACAUACGUAAGGUAACAACAGUUGAAUUUGUCUGUUAUUUUUACACAACACAAGCUUCUGUUACACAAUCAAAUCAUCCUUGGCCUGACAGUUAUUUAAAAUAAUCAUCUUCUUUUACGGGGCAUGAACUUUUCUGAUCAUUGCCCCUUUUUCCAAGAAAUGCAAAAGCACUUUUGGUUUUGGUUUGCUCAGCUACUUAAACAUCCUGUUUUUUCAAAAACCUCCGUCAGGUAAGAAAUCAGACGGAUGUGGUUAGUUUUAAAGGGCAAAAAGACUUUUCUAAACUGUGCUGUGAAUAACCUCCGCCUUGAAAAGUACUGGGACUGUCCUGAUUUGCCUUCUGAUGAAGUUGUUUUUUCCUUCCUUCCAUUCUUUCAGUUUCAUUUUGACUCAGAACUGAGAGGCCCCAUCUACUGAAAUCCCAAAUUGUGAGCGCAAACUAAAAAAAUGCACGCGCUAUUAGUGGCUGUGUUGCAGGUAAAUGACUAUCAUUGCGCAAUUGAUAACAGGUGCAAAAGUGGUGUGGACCGCCCUCUUUAAACGAGGAUUUUGCGUGCGCUCUUGGUCGUCACCAUGGAGAGCUUGAGAGAACAGAGUGAGUGUAGAUGAAAAAUCAAGUCUGAAGCCAUGGAGUUGCACCAUAGACUGUUUAUACUAUAGGCAACUUGGUUCCGCCUCCUGCCAUUAUACAGAUUUGAAGCCAAAAAGCUCUCGGUAUUUCCGUGAUUUUUCUUCAUUUCCAAACAGUGUACCCCCGGGUGAGCGAUGCAAUCUUUGUACACCAAUAGGCUGUAUCAGGUGUCAAUCAUAGAAAACAUGAACCCCCUAAUAACUUUUAAAAAUGGAGCUGUACAGAAGAAAGAGGACUUGAGCACAAACCAGUCUGACAGUAACUACAUGUCAACAUCACAACCAGGGGGGAGAAACAUUUAUAUUCUGUGUCAUUAAUUUCUAAAGUUUGUCCACAGCUCCAUAGGGAUUGCUGGAGGAGGCGGGAUUUAUGACCUAUACUGCAGCUGGUCACCAGAGGGUGCUGUUCUCGGAGCAGCUUCAUCCAGAGAGGAGGCAGACGGCGUCCAUUCUAGAAACAAUCUAUGGCUAAAACACGUGCCUGCACAAUACAUUAUGGGUUCUAUUACAUGUUUUUUUUAAUAAAUUUCAGGUCAGUGUUACAUACCGGGCUCUAACAAGCCCAAACUGAUCAGAAUUUCAACAGAUCGCAGGUUAACCAAACAAAAAUCAAUGCGAAGUGCUCAGCUGCUCCUGGGCUCAAUCUCAGUUGAAGAGUACAGUAGCGGACCCUGAAGGUUGUCUCAUGCUGCAUCUGUAAAGAUGGAGCAAAGCCUCUGAGCUAGACGCUGAACACAAGAAAUGAUCUGUUACUGCAAAAAAAAAAAAAACAUUUGAAAGUACAGUGGAGGAAAUAAUUAUUUGAUCCCCCACUGAAUUUGUAUGUUUGCCCACUGACAGAGAAACUAACAGUCUAUAUUUGUUUUGGUAGGUUUAUUCUCACAGUGAGAGAUGAAAUAUCAAAAAGAAAUUUCAGAAAAUUACAUUAUAUAAAAUAUAUAAAUUGAUUUGCAUUUCAUUGAGUGAAAUAAGUAUUUGAUCCCCUACCAACCACAAAGAGUUCUGGUUCCCACAGAGUGGUUAGACACUCCUACUCAAUUAGUCACUCUCAUUAAAGACCCCUGUUUUAACUAGUCACCUCUAUAAAAGACUCCUGUCCACAGAAUCAAUAAAUCAAGCAGACUCCAAACUCUCCAACAUGGGAAAGACCCAAGAGCUGUCCAAGGAUGUCAGAGACAAAAUUGUAGACCUGCACAAGGCUGGAAUGUGCUACAAAACCAUUAGCAAGAAGCUGGGAGAGAAGGUGACAGCUGUUGGUGCAAUUGUUCGAAAAUGGAAGGAGCACAGAAUGACCAUCAGUCAACCUCGGUGUGGUGCUCCACGCAAGAUCUCACCUCGUUGGUUUUAGGGUUAUAUAAAAUAAAACAUAACAAAAUAAAACAUUGCUUUUAUUUCGUGAAAAAAUGUAAUGGAAACGCAGCUGCUGAUUCUGAGGAAGGUGGAAAAAUAGUCCUAGAACUACACGGGAGGAGUUAGUUGAUGACCUCAAAGCAGCUGGGACCACAGUUUCCAAGAAAACCAUUGGAAACACAUUACACUGCAAUGGAUUAACAUCCUGCAGUGCUCACAAGGUCCCCCUGCUCAAGAAGGCACAUGUGCAGGCCCGUCUGAGGUUUGCCAAUGAACACCUGAAUGAUUCAGAGAGUGACUGGGAGAAGGUGCUGUGGCUAGAUGAGACCAAAAUUGAGCUCUUUGGCAUUAACUCAACUCACCAUGUUUGGAGAAAGAAAAAUGCUGCCUAUGACCCCCAAAACACCAUCCCCACCAUCAAGCAUGGAGGUGGAAACAUUUUGCUUUGGGGGUGUUUUUCUGCUAAGGGACACAGGACAACUUCACCGCAUCAACGGGAAAAUGGACGGAGCCAUGCAUCGUCAAAUCCUGAGCGACAACCUCCUUCCCUCUGCCAGGAAACUGAAAUUGGGUCGUGGAUGGGUGUUCCAGCACGACAAUGACCCAAAACAUACAGCAAAGGCAACAAAAGAGUGGCUCAAGAAGAAGCACAUUAAGGUCAUGGAGUGGCCUAGUCAGUCUCCAGACCUUAACCCAAUAGAAAACCUAUGGAGGGAGCUGAAGCUCACAGUUGCAAAGAGACAGCCUCGAAACGUUAGUGAUUUAGAGAUGAUCUGCAAAGAGGAGUGGACCAAAAUUCCUCCUAAAAUGUUCGCAAACUUGGUCAUCAAUUACAAGCAACGUUUGACUUCUGUGUUUGCAAACAAGGGUUUUGCCACUAAGUAUUGAGUCUUUUUUGUUAGAGGGUUCAAAUACUUACUUCACUCGCUGAAAUGCAAAUCAGUUUCUUUUAUUUAAAGUUAUUUUCUCAGUGUUCCUUUUGAUGUGCAAUCUGUCCCUGUUAAAACAAACCUACCAUUAUAGUGAUACUGUUCUGAGACUUUUCAUCUCUUUGCCAAUGGACAAACUUACAAAAUCAGCAAGGGGUCAAAUAAGUAUUUCCUCCACUGUAUAUGAAACAUACGUAGAUGAACAACAAUUGAAUUUGUCUGUUAUUUUUGCACAAAACAAGCUUCUGUUACACAAAAAAAAAAAUCAGCCUUGACCUGACAGUUCACUAAGUUCAUCACCUUCUUUUAUGGGGCAUGAACUUUUCUGAUGAGUGCCGCUUUUUACAAGAAAUGCAAAAGUACUUUUGGUUUUGAUUUGCUCAGCUACUUAAACCCCAUCGCCCCUCAGUAACUGAGCAGAGAGCGCAGCAGCACACAACAUCCUGUUCUUUCAAAAACCUCCGUCAGGUAAGAAAUCAGACUGAUGUGGUUAGUUUUAACGGGCAAAAAGACUUUUCUAAACUGUGCUGUGAAUGGUGCUGUAUCAGUAAUUCAUAGCAGUCUUGAUUACAAUUAUACUCAUUAAAUUAACCUCUUUUCAGGCAGUGGUCCUCUAAUGUUUUUGCUUGAGUGUAUGGUGUAAAAAUCAUUAUAAUAGAGGUGUGAUUCUGCUUCUUUCAGAGUUCCUGGGACCUAAAGAUGUCUGGUAAGCAAAUGUUACAAAGAUUUUCCCCUUAAAUACAGUAUACUGCUCUUCCUUCCUUUCUUCAUGCUUGUUGUCUCAGUGUUAAAACUUAAAGCUGUGUGUGAUCUGAUGCUGAUGUAAAUCCAAUAAAAUGCACAUCUGUCAUUAUUAACUGUGAUGUUGUAGCUAAAGUAAAGUGAUUGUGCUUCUCAUGGCCCAGCAGCUGAUAAAUCUUUGAAAGCUGAAAUGAAUUAACAGUUUUUAUCUUCUCUCCUCCAGGAGAGGGAAAUGAGAGUAAGUACAUCUUUUUUUCUGACUUUCUUUACCUUAUAAAACAUUUCUCCUAAAAUCUCCUCCACUGUAGGACUAUUGAUAUUCAAAUGCUGUUUUUGACUCUAAAUUUGCACAUCUGUUUUUAAUCCACGCAGUCGUGAAAAAUGACCUCGGCCUUGAAAAGUACCGGGACUGUCCUGAGCGAUUUAACACUGAUGCAUACGCAGGUGCCGGAGGAUAUUCAUACAAAGGAAAAGAAGGUUAGUGACAGCAACACACCUGAGUAAUUUUCCACCUUCUUUGAGUGACAGCAGUCCAUCUCAAAUUAGCAGUGAACCAUGACUCUGUGUUCAUGUAAAAGAUAAAUUAAAAAUCAAUAGAAAUAAAUCAAUAAUGUAUAUUCCAUGGCUUUUCUGAUCAGCUAUGUGGAAGGUGACAUAAAAUAUAUAAAUUUAUAUCAAGCUGGAUGUGAGAAAACUUAUAUAAACUGUUCUUAAAUUCUCCUUUUCCUACAAGUCAGUGCUUUUGGUCAACACUCUUAAAUCUAUUUGUCAAUUUCUAAUGCAUGGCCAAUAUCAUUAAUAUUAAUAUUAUACAACCUGUUAAAAUUAGUAAUAGUAAAUUUAAAAAUUAAUUUUAACGAUAAAGGUUAUUAUUAUUAUCAUUGUUAUACAGUCCGUUACAGUAUAGUUUUUAUUAAAAUAAAUUGUAAUAUUAUUAUACUGUUACAGACUGUAUGAUAAUAACAAUAAUAAUAAUAAUUAUUAUUAUUAUUAUUAUUAUUAUUAUUAUGCCAGUCUGAAAUAAUGUUUCUCUGCUCUCUUCAACAGGAGCAUUUAUCGGUGCAGGAGUGGGCCAGAUCAGAGAUGGUGAUACAGAGUUAAGAGGGCCCGCUGUGGGUUUGGGAAUAGAGCAGGGCCCUGCUUCUAGCAGAGUCGCCGCCAAAGCUGAGAUUGUGAGUGUUUCAGCGCAUAAAGGUCCUGCAAAGGUUACGGUCGGUCUGGCUGCAGAUUCUGCUCUUGGUAUCAGUCCGACUCAGCUGGAGGCAAAGGUGCUGGGAACCGGUGUCUCCUUUGGUCGUACAAUGGGCUUUUCUGUGCUUGGUUCAGGGUUUGAAUUUAAGCUGUGGUAA